AUGUUAAUUUAUUUUAAACUACGGUGUGGACUGUGGACACUGGACAGUGGACAGUGUCCACCAGACGGCGCCACAGAAGACACUGUCGCACCGAAGUUCGCGUUGGCCUUGGCAAGUCUUGGCAUUCGUUAUCGAAAACCGGAAAACCGUAGUUCACAAGUACGCUUCGUACUUCUGACUUCGUAUUCGUCGCUCAUCUGUCAUUCCAAGUUGGCAACUAUUACUACCAUAGACGCGCACCUCACAUCAACCCUACCGGUCACGAAUCAGUCACUACUCACUUAUAAUAAUAUAGCCAUUUUCGUUGAACGAAGACAGUGA